AUGUCGGGCACCGGCGGCGAGCAGGGAAAGGCGCGUGAGAGCUCCAACUCACUCUCCUCUGUCAUAUCGACCCUCGUGCCAGCAGCACUCCUCGCAUUGGCAUUUGUGACGGCUUUCAUUGUUGCACGAAAGUACUUCCGUCGCGUCUAUGCCCCGCGAACUUACCUCAACCACCUGGGCGAACAGCGCCAGACGCCAGCACCCAGUGGAGGGCUGUUUGGAUGGAUAAAAGAUUUCAAGAACCUACCCGACACUUUCAUUCUUGACCACCAGUCCAUUGAUGGCUAUCUCUUUGUGCGCUACUUCAAGGUCCUCGUCGCCAUCUCUCUGUUGGGAUGCAUCAUCACGUGGCCUGUUCUCUUCCCCGUCAAUGCCACUGGUGGUGCUGGAAACGAGCAGCUUGACAUCCUUUCCAUGAGCAAUGUUGCCCAGGAGCCCGCCAUGAACGUCAACCGCUACUAUGCGCACGCCGGCGUCUCGUUCAUCUUCCUCAGCUUAGUCAUGGUCAUUAUUGCGCGCGAGUCUUUUUACGUCGUCAACCUGCGCCAGGCCUACCGUCGCUCGCCAUGGGGCGCCAGCCGUCUGUCUGCCCGCACCAUCCUCUUCACCAACGUCCCCAAGACGCUCUCGCAGUCUACCCUCUUUGAGAUGUUCCCUGGUGUCAAGCACGCCUGGGUCGCCUCCAACACCAAGGAUUUGGAGAAGCUCGUUGAGGACCGCGACGAGACCGCCCUCAAGCUCGAGAACGGGCGAGGUACAGCUACAGACGGAUGCAAACAGAACAGGCUCAAGGCAGAGAAGGGCAAGAAGCACUAUGUCGCGAGCGACGUCAACGACGGCACCAAAUGGAUCAACCCCAAGAAGCGCCCAACCCACAAGCUCAAGUUCCUAAUCGGCAAGAAGGUCGACACCAUCGAGUACGGUCGCUCGCAUCUUGCUGAGCUUCUCCCCAAGAUUCAGGCGGAGCAGGACAAGCACUGGAAUGGCCAGGGAGAGCUUGUCGGCGGCGUUUUCCUUGAAUUCGACACGCAACGCCACGCCCAGGACGCCUGGCAAAUGAUGCAGAACAAGAAGACCAAGCCCAACUCCAAGCUUGAGGCCCAGCAGCUCGGUGUCAUUCCCCAGGAAGUCGUCUGGCAGAACCUGCGCAUUAAGCCCGCUGAGCAUCUCGUUCGAUGGACUGCUGCCACUGCCUUCAUUUCCGUCAUGAUCAUCUUCUUCGCUGUCCCUGUUGCAUUUGUCGGUCUCGUCUCCAACAUCAACUACCUUCAACAACAGUUCAGCUGGUUGCGAUGGAUUGGCAGCAUUCCUCCAGUUAUUUUAGGUGUCAUUACGGGUCUUUUGCCCACGGUCAUGCUCGCCGUCUUGAUGGCACUGGUCCCUAUUUUCUGUCGUUUCUUGGCCAAGACAGCUGGUUACGUCACUUGGAGCCAGGUCGAGCUCAAGACACAGUCGUGGUACUUUGCGUUCCAAGUUGUCCAGGUCUUUCUCAUCACGACGGUAGCCAGCGCAGCUACAACGGUUGUUCGCUCUGUCAUCAACGACCCAGGCUCCGCUCUGACCGUGCUUUCCGAGAACUUGCCCAAGGCGUCGAACUUCUAUAUCAGCUACUUCAUUCUGCUUGGUCUUUCGUCUGCAGCAGGCACGCUCCUGAACAUCGGUGGUUUUGUUGUUGUUGUUCUCCUUGGCCGUAUUCUCCCAGGCAAGACCCCGCGUAAGAUCUUCGAGAAGCUCACGAAGCUCUCCGGGCCGUCCUGGGGAUCCGAAUUCCCAAAGUGGACCAACUUGGCUGUCAUCGCUAUCACCUACUCUGGCAUUGCGCCUCUCAUGUUGGGUUUUGCGGUCAUCGGUUUCUCUCUCAUUUACGUUGCAUUCAGGUACAACUUCCUGUAUGUGUACGAGUCCAACAUUGAGACCAAGGGCGCCGCCUACCAGAAGGCCAUGAAGCACAUCCUUGUUGGCUGCUAUCUCUCCGAGCUCUGCCUCAUUGGUUUGUUCGCUAUCUCCACGGCCAAGAACAUCCAGGCCGUUGGCCCCUUAAUCAUCAUGUGCAUCCUUUUGCUCAUUACCAUCAUCUUCUCCGUAACGCUGAGCAAGGCCCUCGCUCACGAAGAGGCCCGCCUUGCCUAUACCGACCCUUCGCCCUUGAAUGGUCACCACGAGAAUGGCCUGAACGGCGUCGAUGGCACCAACGGCGAGAAGGUUGCGGCAGCCCAGAGUGGCAACUCGUUCCAGCACGCCCCAAAGCCAAGUCGCAUUCCUCUCUUCCUCCGCAAACUAAUCAACCCCGAGCGCAACUCCAUGAACACGUUGUCAGCUUCUCUCGAUCAGUUCUACCAUCACCCGCAGGAGCCGCUACCGGUUGAGAUUCAGAAACGUGCCUUCUUCAACCCUUCGGUCACCUCGCCCACACCCGUCAUUUGGAUUGUUCGCGACGAUAUGGGUAUCAGCGAACGUGAGAUCAGAGACACGAAGAAGAUGGUUCCUGGCCUUGAGAUCACCGACGAGCAGGCCAUUUUCAACGAGAAGGGCAAGGUCUACUGGAAGGGUGUUGAUGACGGACACUCCCGCGAGGCGCCUGUCUUCGAGGAGCGCAUCGUCUACUAGUGGUAGAUGGGCAUAGACUAGGAGGAGCUGGCCGUUCCGGCGGCCUUGGAUACUGGAGUUUGAUACCCUAUGGGACGAUGACGACUGAUACACAUACCCCAUUCCUUUUCUUGCGCACCGCUUCCGUUCAUGAUGUACGAUGGAGGAAUUUACCUUUCAAACGAGUACCCCUGCACUAAGCACCUAUACCUUUUAAAAACGAGGACGAGCUGAGUAGAUAGUAGUAAUCAAUUUUAAUGAGUCCGAUCGAAA